UGUGCGUAGCUUGACGCCGGUCAAAAAAUGGCACGCGCUUCUUGAUAAGGAAUUUGUUCUGUGCUGGCCGUGCUAAUGCAGUGAUUUUAAAAUAAAUUUAAUAAUAUGAUAACAUUGUUCCAGUUGAAGUGAGCUAUCGUUUCCAAUGGAUAGUGUGUAUUCCAACGAAGAAGAGCAACCAGCCACGGAAGAAAUUGCCACCUGUAAAAGGCCACAGUUUGGAAAUCGGUUCCUGUCGGAGAAUGAUGAUGUUUAUCAACACAAUGCUUGGGACAACGUAAUAUGGGACGAUGAACAGGAGCAAGCUGCACUGGAAAGCGUUCGGAAAAACUCAUCCCAAAAACUGGAACCAGAUCAAAUACAGCAGUUGGAAAAGGAUGCCGAUAGCAACUGGGACAAGUUCUAUGACAUUCAUCAGAACCGAUUUUUUAAAGAUCGUCAUUGGCUUUUUACGGAGUUUCCGGAGUUAGCACCAUACAACACAAAAGAAGCCCCGGAACGGGUUAUUCCACAAGGAGUUGGACAUUCUUCUUCUUCGACAAACCUUGGUGUAGAUACUAAUACUAAGCGUACCAUUUUUGAAAUUGGUUGCGGAGUUGGAAAUACGGUAUUUCCCAUUUUAAAAUACAGCGUAGAGAAAAAUUUGAAAAUCUAUGCUAGUGAUUUUUCGAAGCAGGCAAUUCAAAUUCUGAAGGAAAGUAAGGAAUUUGAUACCGACCGUUGCGAAGCCUUUGUGCUGGAUGCCACGGCAGAUGAGUGGAAUGUUCCAUUCCCUGAAAACAGUAUCGAUAUCAUAGUUCUGAUAUUUGUUCUAUCGGCGAUUGAUCCCGAUAGAAUGCAGCAUAUCGCCAAUCAAGUUGCCCGCUACCUAAAACCAGGAGGAGUGGUUUUGCUCCGAGACUACGGUCGGUAUGAUUUGGCGCAGUUGCGGUUUAAGCCGGGGAAAUGUUUGAAGGAUAAUUUUUACGUCCGUGGUGAUGGAACACUCGUGUAUUUUUUCACGCAAGAAGACCUACGUACGCUGUUUCAAAAUGCAGGCUUGAUUGAAGAGCAGAAUAUUAUCGACCGCCGAUUGCAGGUGAAUCGUAGCAGAAUGAUUAAAAUGUACCGGAUUUGGGUUCAAGUAAAGUUUAGGAAACCAAGCUGAAUGUUACCUAUUUUUUCAAGUCAUGUAUUUACUAAUUUUAGUGCUUAUGACAUCUACCAACACUAGUUAUAUUCAAUAAAAUUUAGAACGCCCUACGGA